GUUACAGGGAUUUUUAUCUUUUGCUUACUUGGGGAAGUUCAGAAAGUCUCACAUGAUUGCAGGAGGAAAUAAAAGAGAAAAGGGAAAGCCCAUCCAUCUGUGCUGAACAGCAAGAGCAGGGAACAGGGCUACACAAUGGCCUCAGAGGGCAUUAUGCCAGGCCCCAUGUGCCUCAUCGAGAACGUGAAAGGUCAACUGAUAGCCAACCAGGAGGCUCUGGAGAUUCUGUCUGAAAUCAUGCAGCCUGUGGUAGUGGUGUCCAUCGUGGGCCUCUACCGCACAGGCAAGUCCUACCUGAUGAACAAGCUGGCUGGGAAGAGAACAGGCUUCUCUCUGGGUUCCACAGUGCAGUCUCACACCAAGGGGAUCUGGAUGUGGUGUGUGCCUCAUCCCAAGAAGGCAGACCACACCCUAGUUCUUCUUGACACUGAAGGCCUGGGAGAUGUAGAAAAAGGUGACAAUCAGAAUGACUGCUGGAUCUUUGCCCUGGCUAUACUUCUAAGCAGCACUUUUGUGUACAACAGCAUGGGAGCCAUCAACCAGCAGGUCAUGGACCAGCUGCACUAUGUGACAGAGAUGACAGACAGAAUCAGAUUAAGGUCCUCACCUGACCAGGAUAAAGUGAAUGACUCAGAUGAUUUUGCGAGCUUCUUCCCAGACUUCGUGUGGACUCUGAGGGACUUCUCUCUUGAGCUGAAAGUAAAUGGGAAACCCAUUUCUGCAGAUGAAUAUCUAGAGAAUUCGCUGAUGCUUACACAUGGUACUGGCCAAACAGAUGAACAAAAGAAAUUGAGUCUACCUCAGCUUUAUAUCCAUAAAUUCUUCCCAAGGAAGAAAUGCUUUAUCUUUGAGCGGCCAGUAUAUAGUAAGAACAUUGGCGAGCUGGAAUCCUUACAGGAUGAAGACCUUGACUCAGAUUUUUUGAAACAAGUGACAGAGUUCUGUUCCUAUGUGUUCAGCGUUUCCAAGGUUAAAACGCUUUCAGGUGGCAUCAAGGUCAAUGGACCACGACUAAAUAAUUUGGUGGUAACUUAUGUGAACACCAUCAGUAGUGGGAGUCUGCCCUGCAUAGAGAAUGCAGUCCUGGCUUUGUCCCAGACAGAGAAUGCAGCUGCAGUGCAAAAGGCCAUUGCCCACUAUGACCAGCAGAUGAGCCAGAAGUUGAAGCUGCCCACGGAGACCCUCCUGGAGCUGAUGGACGUGCAUAGGGCCAGUGAGAAAGAAGCCAUCAAGAUCUUCAGGGAAACUUCCUUCAAAGACAUUAAUCAAGAGUUCAUAACACAAUUAGCGACCGAGUUAGAAACAAAGCAAAGGGAAUUCCUUAAGAAGAAUGAACAGGCAUCCUCAGAUCGCUGCUCAGCUCUGCUUCAGGAUAUUUUCAGUCCACUAGAAGAAGACGUGAAGCAGGGGAUUUAUUACAAACCAGGGGGAUACCAUCUUUUUAUCCAGAAGACACAGGAAUUGAAGAAAAAGUACUAUGAAGAACCUGGGAAGGGGCUUCAGGCUGAAGAAGUUCUGCAGAAAUUUUUGCGGUCCAAGGAUGAUUUGACUGAUGCAAUUCUACAGACAGACCAGACUCUGACAGAAAAGGAAAAGGAGAGUGAAGUGGAGCAUUUGAAAGCUGAAGCUAUGAUGGCUACAGCAAAAAUACAGCAGGAAAUGCAGCAUAAGGUUGAACAGUUGCUGCAACAGAAAGUGAAGAGUAAUGAGGACCACAUGAAAGAGUUGUCAGUGAAGAUGGAGGAAUUGAAACAGUCGAGGGACCAGUUGGAGGAAAAAAGGCCCAGAACAUGGAACUGAAAUAUAAGAAUGAACAGCUGCUGCAAAAGGAAAGGAGCCAGGAGGAGAAAAUCGAACAGUUGACCAAGAAGUUGGGUGAACUGCAAUGUAAGAAUGAACAGCUGCUGCAAAAGGAAAGGAGCCAGGAGGAGAAAAUCAAACAGUUGACCAAGAAGUUGGGUGAGACAAAGAAAGAUUUGGAGGAUGUGUCACAGGAACGUGAACAACUACAUGAGGACAAUAGUAAACAACUAGAAGAAAUACGUCAUUUGAAGGAAAAGUCAUGUGUCAUAAGCUAAAGGUUUAAAGAGGAGUGCCAUCCUGCCAUUGGAAGCAGAGGUGAAUAGGGUAUAAAACUGGGAAUGAGUAACUCUAGUUGAAAAAAAAUAUUUGAAGAUACUCAGUGUGAUCUUUGAAAUCCUAUUUCUCUUCAUAUAAGAUUGUGCAUCAAGGAUUCCAUUGACACCUUUACUACAAGAGAGGUACCAACAGCUCUACUCAGAAGAAAUUAACUUUUCCAGAUGAUACCAAGGAUGCCAAUGAACACAUCACAUUCUUAAAUGCUCAACCUUUCUGCAAUGGCAUGAUUUGUGGACACUGGUGAUGGAUAGCCCUAUCAACACACUCUAUUAUAAAUCAAGACAUCUGCAUCAAGAUCUGGAGUACCCAUAUGUAAUAUCUACAGAAAAAUGGAAGAAGGCAUUAGCAUGACAAGAAGUUGAAUCACAUAUCCAUGGACCAAAAAAGAAAUGUUUUAUUUCACGUAUAUUGAGACUAUAAUGGGACAUUUCCAAAUUUUAACAGCUGACACUGAUUACGUACUAACAUGAUGAAGUAAGCAUAAUGUAGAACAGUAACUUUAAAGAUGGACUUUAAAUGAUGAUGGGUAAUCUACAGAUAUCAAUGGAAUUUUAAUGAUUCAUCUGUAACCACAAACUUACACUACUCUAUUCUUAUGACUAGCAGCUGUAUUUCAGAUCCUGUUCAAAAAUAAAGAUUAUUUUCCCAUA